AGUAUCAAUUGUUCUCCAUUCUCAUAUUUGAAAAACGAUUGGCGAGCGUUUACCCGGCAACCAGACUUGUCACCGCUUAUCGAACCGCUGCCAUCUUUAGUGACAAAAUGUGUCAGUUUGAAAUUAUAAAGAAAACUGAAAUGAAGACCUCUGAGAGCAAAGUGCAUUCAAAGGAUGAGAACUUUUCCAAAAAGUUAUUGACGCAGCGCUCCCUGUCUGCGAUAUCCUUGCAAUGCACUGGUCAGGAGUUAGGCAGAGAGGUGUCUAAAUGGCUGUCUCUCAACCUUAAGGAGGACCUGAAAUAUCUGCUGAACGACGCGGGCAAAUUAAUGCGACGCGUCCGGGACCAUCGGUUGUGUCUGUCGCAUAUCCAGCAGGCCAUCCGAAUGGACGAAAAUUUGUCAAUAAACAUUCUCUACAGGCUAGUCCCUCGCGAAGAUCGAUUGGGACAGUCUGCGGUGAAAGUGCCCAUUCUCGAGGGCGAAGCAAUCACCUGUGAUCCUGGGCUUUUGGAGCGUGUUACCGUCCAGGACUCAGAGCCAGAGAUCUCUUCGUGGCCGGCUUCUCCCUCCUUUACCGGCUGGAUAAAGCUGGAGCAGGUGUUCCUGAAGUCCUGCAAGCGGUACCCUUUGACGAAGGAGCAGCAAUCCUUCUACGAGCUGGUCACCGAGGCCUGUGUGGGCACCUCGGAGUCCCGGCGGCAGCGGGCGCUCCAAACCCUCGCCACAGAUCCCUCGCUUGAGGUGUUACUGCCCUCGUUGAGUAAGUUUAUCGCAGACGCAGUGUCCGUUAACGUAACCCAGCAAAAUUUGCCGCUUCUUCUCUAUGUUAUGCGGAUGGUUAGAGCCAUUUUGGGAAACCGUCGUUUGAGUUUUUUACCAUAUCUUCACAUGAUCCUGCCGGCCGUACUCUCGUGCCUGCUUACCAAACAUGCUUGCUCUUCCGCUGGGUCAGACGAUCACUGGGCCUUGAGGGAGUACUCUGGCAACGUUAUGGCUCAAAUAGUGCGCCACUUUGACGCUUCCGACAACAGUAUCCUGCCCAGAGUUAUUGGGAUCUACAAAAAGGCUCUGAAAAUGCAGCCCUUAACUACGGUGUUUGGUGCAGUCAUCGGCUUGGGGAAGUUGGGAAACCACGCGGUGCGCGCCUGCAUUCUACCACAAAUUGGAUUCCUCUCUGAGCGCAUUGAACCUUACCUAAGUGUCAGCAAUGGCUGCUCUAGCUCCAGCCUCGACAAGCUUGCUGCUAAAUACAUUCGCCAUCGAUUGGUCAAGAUGUGCACGCCGGUGCUGAAAAGCAUCCACAGUACCCCGGAUCUACCGAAGGAGUAUGCGGACGCUUAUGGAUUUUUGGGUCCACAGUUAUGCGGUGCCGUCAUCGUAGCGCGUGUCAAGGCCGAAGCGGUGGCUGCGGCUAAAAAGGAGGCAGAUGAGGCUUCCAAAAAUAAACAAACGAAAAGAUCUGGCGAGCCCUACAACCAAUCAAAAAUUUCAGGAGCUGUAUGUGUCGGCUCUAAGGUUUUAGUCUCGACCAAUUCGCUCAUGAACGGUGUCUGCCGCCCCAACGACGUAGCUCUAACCCUCAAGAUCAACCCAAAAACUCAGAUGAAAAACCAGGCGGUUUCUGUUAAGCCCGUGGAACAUAUGGUGGCUCAACCGACACAGGUUCAGCUGCCUAAAUAUAGUGGAACUUUAGUCCCGCCCAUAUCAAAGCAGUUUCGUGCUUUGCCACCAAAGAAAAGCAUACUGAUUAUAACAUCAUGAAAUAGUGGCAAAGAGGUCAUUAACUUUAUACGGAAUUAACAAAUGUAACAAAAAA